AUGCUGCGCGUGCACCGUGUCUCGGGAGAAGAACUGGCUUCUGUUCCCCUUCAUUCGGCACCUGACGGAAGGAGUCUGAAACAUCAGCUUUCUGGGCUUUGUGGGCUUCCGCGAUUCAGGCUGAGGCUCAUGCACGGGCUUGCGGAGCUCGAAGACGAUGCAAAGAUAGAGACGCCCAUGGACCUGGAGCUGGUUGUCUUGCCGUUUAUCGAUGCUACUUCGAUGCAGCUCUUGGAGCUAACGUCGGCUGCAGAAGGUGGUGAGGCCUCUCGCGUCGAAGAGCUGCUGCAACGACCCCAGGACCCGGACUCCCCGGACGGCCUUUCCAGAAUUCCGCUCCUCAGCGCGGCUGACGAGGGCCGUGCUGACGUGGUCCGCUUGCUACUGGAAGCCAGGGCGGACUGUGAGGCCAGGGACGAUCAGGGCGGCACCGCUCUCAUCUGCGCCUGUGAUCAUCAUCAUCUGGAAGUGAUGGAGUUGCUGGUGGAGGCCGGUGUUGACACCAACGCACCGGAUGCGCAGGGCACGACAGCUCUUCAUAUAGCAUCCAUGCAUGAUGCCGUGAACCUGGUACGUUUGCUGCUGGAUGCAGGCGCCGAUAAAGGUACCUCUGACUAUGACGGCCUCACAGCUCUUCACUACGCAUCCUUGGAAGGGGCCUCAAGUGUGGCCAGCAUGCUCCUGGAUGCUUUCGGUGAGCCAAGCGCCCCAGACAUGAGUGGCAUGACGGCUCUGCACUUGGCAUGUGAGCGGGGCUAUUGUGAGCUGGCUAGCUUGCUCCUGGGGCACAGCACCACUGCAAAGGAUGCGAGUGACCAGGACGGGCGGACGGCUCUCCACCUCGCUGCCUGGAACGGCAGCGACUGUUUGGUACAACUGCUCUUGGAGAAAGCAGCUGAUGCUGGCCUCAGAGACAGCCUUGGCUACACAGCACUUCAUACAGCCUCGGAGAGGGGCAGAAGGAAGACGGUGGGCUUGCUGUUGGAAGCCGGGGUGGACCGAAAUGCUGUGAACUUCAACGGGGCGACUGCUCUCCAUGUGGCAGCUCGUGGGGUGAACCGAUCAGAAGCCACGGCAGCACACUUACCCGUCCUGCGAUUACUAGUGCAGGCCGGCGUUGAUAAGGCCCUGACUGAUCGGUCGGGACGCACGGCCCUGGACUAUGCAUUCAAAGCAGGCUAUGAUAAUGCUGAGAUGGUGCAACUGCUGGCCCCAGAGUCCUUCUUUGACUUCCAGCUCCCACCGUUGGGAUGA